CUAAACAAAUGAAGAGCCGAUUAGACAUUUGUAUGAAGUUUACAAGUAAAUAAGAGCCGUGUGAUAUUAAAAUAAUUUUUCUUAAUUUUUAUCGUGAACAAAUAUUAUGCAUCGAAAUUAAAGUGUGAACAGUAUGAGAGCCAUGACAAAGAGUAAGAAUCAAGUGUACAGUGUUGGGAACUAUCUGAUGACCGGCAGAGUUUUGGGGAAGGGACACUUCGCACGCGUCGAAGAAGCCACACACAGAAUUAUAGGCGCUAAGGUGGCAGUUAAAGUGAUAGACCUAACAUGUAUAAAAGAGGAAUACGCACGCAGGAACCUGCAUCGCGAACCAAGAGUGAUGGCGAGACUGCGGCAUCCUUGCAUCGCUGCUCUGUACGAAACGAUGAUGCACGGGCCGCGCCUUUACGUGGUGAUGGAGGCGGCGGGCGGCGGCGACCUGUGCUCGCACGUGCUGGGGGCUCGCGGGGGCGCGCGGGGCCUCCCCGAGCACAGGGCACGUGCUCUCGCCGCACAGCUCGUCUCCGCCGUUCGGCACAUGCAUGCGCGUGCCGUGGUGCAUCGGGAUCUUAAAAUGGAAAACAUCAUGUUGGACAGUACAAAGCAGUUUAUAAAAAUAGUCGAUUUCGGGUUAUCGAAUCUUUGGAGCUCGAGCGGCGGGCUGAGGACGCCCUGCGGCUCCCUGGAGUACGCCGCGCCGGAACUCUUCAUCGACGGAAGGAAAUACGGGCCGGAGGUCGACCUCUGGAGCAUCGGUGUGAUCGUGUAUGGUAUGGUGACAGGCGGCCUGCCGUUCAGCGCGGGGUCGGGCGGGGGGUUGGGCGGGGGGUCGCGCCCGCAGCUCCGCGCCGCCAUCGCCCGCGGCUUUACCAGGAAACAACGGGCGGCCCUGGCCUGCGUCUCUAACGAUUGCAAAACUUUUAUACAACACUUGCUGGAACCGAACGUGGACCUGCGCAUGAGGAUCGACGACGCAGCGUGCCACCGAUGGCUGAAACGACCAGGAAUGAAAAUGAAGACUCAUCCGUUUGCCACUAUAGACCCCAAGACUAACAGAGAGAUUUACAGGCAAAUAUCAGAGCUGUGUGGUCAAACGAUAAUGGACGUGGUUGCGCAAAUAAAAGCUGACCCCUUCGGCUCGACAGCUGGCAUGUACAACAUCAAGGCGCAUUUGUUCAACAUGAGGGCUUUGCCAGGGACAGACUUAUUAUGGUCGCCGAAUAGCAUCGAAGCUAGACCCUUGUCGCCACCAGAAUAUCGCGCCAAACAAGAGAGGACCGAAAGUCUGGGCAGUAAAAUUGAAAUUUCUAAAACUGCCCUUCAAGCGAGCCUGAAAUCGGCUGUUGAAAAUAGCGAUGUAAAACUUCAGAACAGAGUCAAACCCCCACCGUCCAGAAUGUACGAUAACGGUGACUGUUUGUCUUCAAGACUGCCCAGUAUCGACGAACAUUCCAAUAUGGAGACGAUAAAAAACAACAGGGUUUUAUCGACGAGGAAAAUCAUUGAUGAAUUGAAACCUAGACUUAACAGCUGCCCUAAUAGGGUAGGGAAUGCUUCGACGCAGUUUUACAGGAAGGCAGGCGACGCGCUGCCGAGUUGGAGAACGAGUGAACUGUUGAGCGCUGCGCCCCGGAUCUUGUAUCAAAGUAACGCGACUUCCAUUAAAAGAGCUUCUUUGGGGAACAUCACGAGUCCUCACUCUUCAUCGAACAGCCAUAGCAAGAGCGAAAGAGCAUUGCCGGUUGGAUGGUAUUCAACGAGACGUGACCGAGAAUCGACUCCAUUACAAAGACUGAGACGGACAACGCCGCUAAAGUAGAAAAGUGUUUUCAGUGAACGUAGUAAUUGUGAAAAUAAAAUUUUAUUAUGAAGAAAA